GGCGGGCUGAGGCGGCCGCCAUGGCGGCGGGGCGGGCUGCUGCUGCCGCCGGGGCUGUUGGCAUUUAGUGAGCAAAUGUCUCCACACCACGGUGAGGUCUCUGAAGAAAACUGGCACUGAGCACCGGUGGCUGGAGCGGCACAUGAAGGAUCCCUUUGUCAAGGCAGCGAAGCAGCAGCAUUACCGCUGCCGAAGUGCCUUCAAGUUACUGGAAAUUGAUGACAAGCUUCAUGUUCUUCGUCCAGGACUUUCCGUUCUUGACUGUGGAGCAGCGCCUGGUGCUUGGAGUCAGGUUGCUGUAGAGAGAGUCAAUGCCUUAGGUACCGAUCCUGCUGUCCCCACUGGUUUUGUCCUUGGUGUUGACCUCCUUCGGAUUGCUCCUCUGGAAGGAGCAGUCUUCCUGUCAAAGGCUGACAUUGCUGACCCAAACACGCUGAGGACGAUUCAGAGUCUGCUUCCUGCAGAGAAGGUGGAUGUUAUCUUGAGUGACAUGGCACCUAAUGCGACAGGCAUCAAAGAACUGGAUCACCAGAAGCUGAUCAGUCUAUGUUUAGGCCUUCUGAAGGUAUCCCAAAGUAUUUUAAAGCCAAAAGGAACACUGCUCUGUAAAUUCUGGGAUGGGUAUGAGUCCCGUCUUCUGCAGAACAGACUGAAGGAGCAGUUCCAAGAUGUGAGAAUUAUAAAGCCUCAGGCCAGCCGGAAGGACUCUGCUGAAUCUUACUAUUUGGCAAGACUGUACAAAGGGAAAUGAAGGCUAAAAACUGCAGAUUAUUCACUGGAAACCCAAUUCUGGUGUGUGUUUAAUGGAAAAUCCCACCAUUCAGACCCUGGGGAGAUCUGCCAGGACUGUUACAAAGUACAUCACAUACAAAAAUAACCAGUGUGGUGUCCUGCUGCCUGUAUCUGCUAAUUAUCCCAGCAGAGGCAUCCAAUCUAACUUCUCACCUGUGGAGAGAACAGUUGGGAAUGGAGAGGAGCAAUCUGAAAGGUGACCUCUGGGGCUUGGAGUAAUGGAAACGGGAAUAAAACAAUGAUUUAACGAGG